GGGGGAGAGAGAGGGGGCAGAGGUCUUGGUACAAGGCUGGUCACCGGCACCGCGCCAGGGCUUAGAGAGUAUAAAUAGGUCACAGCAGGACGAGGAAGGCACUCCGCUCCUGUCCUCCAACUCGAGCACUUCCUUCUUCUGCAGUCGUAGCCAUGAUGCGUGUGGUGUUGGCGGUGCUGGCGGCGGCGGCGCUGGGGUCUGCUCUGGUGGUCCCAGAGCUCGCGAAGCACAAAGGGGAGCUGUGGGCCGUGCUGGUAGCGGGCUCCAACUCCUGGUUUAACUACCGCCAUCAGGCGGAUGUGUGCCACGCCUACCAAAUCCUGCACCAGCACGGUGUUCCCGACGACCACAUUAUCGUCAUGAUGUAUGACGACCUUGCUCACAGCAGCGACAACCCAACUCCCGGCGUGGUGAUCAACCGACCCGGCGGCCCCAACGUGUACUCUGGGGUGCCCAAGGACUAUGUGGGCAAGGACGUCACUCCACAGAACUUCCUGAAGGUCCUGAGCGGUGACUCUGAGGGCCUGAAGGGCGUGGGGUCCGGCAGGGUGUUGGGCAGCGGCCCCAACGACAGGGUGUUCAUCAAUCUGGUGGACCACGGCGCGCCGGGUAUCUUUGGCUUUCCCACGUCCUUCCUCCACGUCAAGGACUUCAGAGACGCCAUCCAGAGCAUGCACCGCAACAAGCAGUUUAAAGACCUGGUGGUGUACCUCGAGUCGUGUGAAUCUGGUUCCAUGUUCCUCAACCUGCCCGACGACAUCAGCGUGUACGCUCUCUCCGCCGCCAACGCCACCGAGAGUUCCUACGCGUGCUACUUCGAUAAGACCCGCAUGACCUACCUCGGAGACGUGUUCAGCAUCAAGUGGAUGGAGGACACAGACAGGGAGGCAGUGAUGAAUGAGACUCUGGAGAAGCAAUUCGAGAUUGUGAGGAAAGAAACCAAGACCUCGCACGUGCUGCAGUGGGGUGAACGAUCCCUGUCCAAGAUGAAGGUGGGUGAGUUCGUAGGCACCAAGCAGUCUCCGCCCAGCAGCUACGGACCAUUCGAGGAUAUCAGCGACCCCUGCUUGGAAUCGUCAGUGGCUGCCCCAGACGUGCCUCUUUCCAUCUUCCUGCGCAACAAAGAAGACGCUGAUGACCUCAUUGGCCUGGACUUCUGGACCAACCAGGUGAAGGAGCUGCAGAAGAACCGAACCUUUGUGGAGAGCAGAAUGGCAGAGAUUGUGAAGGUGAUGACUGGUGACAAGGAUCUCACUGCUGAGAUGAUGAGUGACAGGCACCAUGUGAUCCGCGACUACAACUGCCACCAGCAAGCGACCAAUGCCUGGAACGACAUCUGCUUUGACCUGGCACUGAACCCCUAUGCCAUGAGGAUGGUACACACCAUUGUCAACCUCUGUGAGCAUGGCUUCUCUGCCAGUGAAUUCACCACCACAGCCCACUCUGUCUGCACCCACCAUGGCAUCACUGGCAUCCAGUAAGACCCAGGCAUGGAGGGAGUGAGAACACACUGGGAUGAUGAGAGAUGAUUACUGUUCCCAACCAUUGCAAAUGAGCAAGAUACAACAGGACAGAAAAAAAAAAAAAAAAAACUAACAAAAUAUUCACAUCUCAUUUCUUCUUCGUGUCUCAGUUGCUUAGCAGAUCUACAUGAGUCAUGCAGUCUCCAUGCAGGUUCACCAAUGAUAUAAUACUCAUACCAGUUUUCUGAUUCCACUUGGCAGGCUUCCCUCCUCAUCUCUGUUGCUGUCCUUCUCCUCCUCUUUUGUCCCUCACUAGUUACUGGACAGCCUUUGCAUCUCAAUUUGCUCAUGAUGACAACUUUUGAUUGGUUGUAUUCACUAAGUAAUGUAAUGUGUAUAGAUUGAAAGUUCAAUUAUGCCCUAAAGGAUGCCCCAGCAUGGCUGUCUCCUGAUUGUACAAAUCAAUAAAUCUGUAAUACUCAUUUUAA